UCCAUUGUUCAAGACCUUCUUCAAUAAUUCUAACCUUCUACAGAUAAAUUUAUUAAACAACUGUCGAAUCCAUUAAAUAAUUUAUUCGGGAUUUCCUUGCUAUUGAAUUUCUUUCCCAAAAUUAUCCAGAAAGCUCCCCAGGCAUGUUUAGCCUAUCCCACCUUUUUUCAUCGCGAAAUCACUAUCUUGGGGUCCCCAGGAACCCGUAAAAUUCGAGAACAAUUGGAGAUCAUUGGGGAGAAUCAAAAUAAAAAGAAAAAUUGAAAGGAAAGGGUACGAGAAUGGGGACAAAAGGGACACAAGUUGAUAACGACAAACACCUCUUAAAAUUCACGACCUAUGAGGAAUACCUCGACUCCCUGGUGACAGCAGUAGAUCUCGAUUAUCUGAGAAAUACUGAGACAGCGAGAAUUAUUGCAGAGUUGGGUUAUAAAAGUACAGGUGAGACUUUGGAUCGUGAGACUUUCCAGAGACGCAGGGGCAUCGUCAAGGAUUUACUAUUCCCCGUGUGGAGACCAUUCACACUUGCCUCUGAGCUGACAGACCACAGGGACUCCCUGAUAACAGAAUUAUCACUUCGAGAGAGGGCUAAUCGUCUAGGAACACUCUCGACUAUUAUUUUCAUUCGUGUAAUAACGAGAUCUGGUUACGAAGUGUCCGGAUACAUCGAUUUUGCUCAUCGAUUGAAGAGGGAGAACUGGAAGGCGUUCUUCAAGGGGAGGAGGAAGCUGAGACCACGAAAAACUGAUUUGUCUUACUAUCAUUGGAAGACCAAGAAGUUGAUUCUCAAUGGGACAGACAAUUAUGAGCCGGUGAUGGACGCAAAGAGGGGAAUUUUUCUUAAAAACUUGAAGGACUUGAAGAUUGUGGAUUUGGAUCCUGGGAGGAGUCCUGGGGUUGAUACGUUCAGGUUGAAGGUAGAGAGUGGGGAUUAUCAACAAGUUGUUCUAUACGACCAUGUGGUGAGAUGUAGAUAUUGAGAGGUUGAUUUUAAUUUUCAAGGAACUUAUUCCGACGAAUUGAAUCAUUAAUUAAGAAGAUUAAUCAAAAAGACCCACUUUCCAAAAUGAUAGGAUGAACAUAGGCUCCUUUGUACACACAGUACAUUUCCCAUUGACUAUCAAAAUUAAUAUCCACGAGAAAUAAUAAAGAGGAAAUUUCCCAAUGGAAAAAAACGCGAAAUAAAGACUGAAUUUUUCAACAAUCGAAUAAAAACUUACACUCCU